CGAGCGUUGCCAACGCGCAGCGGAAUAAAUCCUAAAAUACUAUAUAUAAACUUAAAGAAUCGGGGGAAAAUCGAGACAGACGAGCUGACAGAAAAUCGAAGCACAUUAUGUAUAGCACACGCAAUUGAAAUUAAUUUACGCGUCGCUGCCCAUCUGCAUAAGUUCAAUGGAAGCAAAAGCAAAUGCAACAGCCGGAGCAAAAGCAAAAACAAACCUAACAAAGCCAAGAAGAAUAAUGUGAAGAAAGUGCAACAAAAUCGAAUUAAGAAAUCAAAAAAAAGCGAACGAAAAGGUGCGCCUAACAACAAUAAAAUAAAACAACCAUCGCGUGUUCGUCCGUAUAUGUUAAUCAAAGGUUAAUUAAAGAAGACUGCACUUAUUCCGUGUUGCAGUUGGCUUGAUUAUGCCGAAAAACUAUCCUAUGUGAUUAUGUGUUUUCAUUCAUAAAUUGCAUUUUGUGUAUACUUUUACGUACAUUGUUACAAAAAAAAACAAAAACAUCUGUGUACUAUAUAAAGCGAAGAAAGAAGUAAACGGAGCUUCAAAUAAUCCAAAAUCAGAAGACAGAUCAGCUGAAGAACUUGCAGCCAACAGAUUUUUUCCUGACUAUAAAUCAUAGAAAACUUCCUAAAAAUAUGACACUCUUGCCAGAUAUCAAGGCUUCGGAUGCCGCCUGCUGUGUUGGUGGUGCAAGUAGUGAUGCAAGCAGCAGUUCCGGUGGCAGCCACAAAGGUCAUCAUGACAAUCAACACGACGGCGGUUGUCUGGGCAUCAAUUGUUGCACCACAGCAGCCAGUUCGGAGUUGUCCAUCGAUGAGACCUCAUCUACCUCAUCCAGAGGUUCGGGCGGUGAUUUGGCCAGCAAGGUAACCAACAAUCUGAAUGGUUUUCAACAGCCAAAUUAUCAUCAGGCAGUGGCUCAUGCCAAUUUCGAUCACUGUGAGCCGGUGAACAUUGAGUUCUCCGAUGUGCGGUACACAGUGAGAAAGUUCUCUUUUCCGGAAAGGAAAUUUGUCACCAAGGAAAUCCUUCAUGGUCUCAAUGGCAGUUUUCGCUCUGGCGAAUUGACUGCCAUUAUGGGUCCUUCGGGAGCUGGCAAAAGUACGCUCUUAAAUGUCAUGUCCGGUUUUUGUUCCACUGGAGUUUCGGGCAACAUACGGGUAAAUCGAAAAACAAUGGCUCCCAGUUCGGAGAGAUUCCGCCAAAUGUUGUGCUAUAUCCAUCAGGAUGAUCUCUUGCGACCACAGUUAAUGGUUGGGGAGAUAAUGCUUCUUGCUGCCCAUCUAAAGUUGGGCUUCAAGGUCACCAAGGCGUACAAAAUGGAUCUGAUCAAACAGAUCUUAUCGCUUUUGGGUCUGGACCAUCGGUACAAUGUGCCCACGGGGAAGCUUUCGGGUGGACAGAAGAAGCGACUUGCGAUUGCACUGGAGCUGAUAAGUAAUCCACCCGUACUAUAUCUGGAUGAGCCGACGACGGGUUUGGACAGCUCCUCGUGCAGUUCUUGUGUGGCUUUGCUGAAGAAACUGGCCUCCCAGGGGCAUACGAUAGUCUGUACGAUCCAUCAGCCAAGUGCCCUGAUCUUCGAGAUGUUCGACAAGUUAUAUACGGUGGUGGAUGGACAUUGUAUGUAUCAAGGACCUGUGCGGGAAUUGGUUCCCUUUCUGGCCGAUCAGCAGCUCGUCUGUCCCAGUUAUCACAAUCCUGCGGAUUAUUUACUGGAAGUGGCCGUGGGCGAACAUCAACGUGAUCUGAAUGAACUUAUCCAUGCGGCCAAUAAAAAGUAUUACGAGGAUGUCGAUCGCAAUUGCUAUAUGAGCAGUGCCGAUAUGUCACGCCUCGUGGCAACAAUUAAAGACAAAAUUGGCGGUACGACGCUAGGUGAGGCGCUGUCGAAAGUUGCGCAGGCGCAAUUCUCCAGCUUCGAUUAUGUGAAAGCCUCGCCGCAGGAAUUGGCGCUGGAGGAGAUCAAGGCACUCAGUGGUCCCAGUCCCACAGAAAUCGUGGACCAAGAUCAUAGCCUGGAGAAACCCCCUCAGCUGAAGCCAUUUACCAAUGCCAAAGCCAAUGAGCUUGCCAAGCCGCCGAAAGCCAUCAAAUCGGCCUCGUUCCUCAUGCAAUAUCUACUCCUGAUGCAGCGCAUCUUGAUCUGUGCCAAACGCAGCUACUUUCUGCUGUUAGCCCGCAUAUUUUCGCACAUUUUCAUUGGAGUCGUGUUUGGCUAUCUGUACAUGAACGUGGGCAACAAUGCACAAAGUGUGCUGGGAAAUUACGUGUAUCUAUACGGUUCCACUCUGCUCUUGGUCUACACCGGCAAAAUGGCUGUGGUCAUGACAUUUCCGCUGGAAAUUGACAUGCUGACACGGGAGCACUUCAAUCGCUGGUACAAACUGGGUCCCUACUUCCUCUCACUGAUCUCCUUCGAAAUACCCUUCCAGAGUCUUUGUACGGCCAUGUACAUCAUCAUAAGCGUCCAUCUCACUGGCAACGAUGCUGUGGAUUCAUUCCGGAUCUAUUACUUCAUGCUGCUGGGCAUAAUGGCCUCAUUAAGUGCCCAGGCCUGGGGCUUUUUCGUGGGAGCCACGCUGCCAACUAAGCUUGCCGUAUUUCUGGGACCCAUUCUGGCGGUGAUGUUCUCCGUUUUUGGAUUCUGCACACGAUACAUUGACAUCACGCCCCUUUUCCGAUGGAUGUGGCAUUUGAGUUAUUUCCGAGCCGGAUUCCAUGGGGCCUUGAAUGCCAUCUACGGCAUGGAUCGUCCCUUUCUGGAGUGUCCGGAGACGGCGAUGUACUGCCAUUUCCGCAGUCCAAAGGUUUUCCUCAAGUACAUGAUGAUAUCGGAUGUGCACAUGUCCGAUUGCCUGAUCCUCAUGGGAACCGUGAUUCUAGUUAUGCACGUGCUGACCCUCAUUACCCUUUGGCACAAGCUCAACAGACGAUAGGAAAUCACUCUUCGAUCUUUGAUCUUAUACUUAAGCCCCAGUUUUAAUCCCACUGUACAUAGUCGGGUGUCUUUAAAUCUCUCCUUGUUUUAAGUUCAUAACUGAAUUUAUUGAUUUUCACCUUUGUGUUUGUUUUUAAUUGAUCGACUAGCUUAAUUAUUUAUUUUAUUACUCUUGAAAUAUUGUACGCAAGAAGGCUUUAGGGUAGCUUAUUCCAUUUUAAGUGCUGAUAUACCAAAAAAAAAAAAAGGAAGUUCAAUCAUAACACAACUUUUAUACCCCAGUUUCCAUCUUGCCCUGUAAACUUCAUCAACUGGGUUUGGGUUUUCCCACGGGAUAUCCAAGCUAUGCCAAAUCUUGAUAGUUCAUCUACGUUCAUAAGGUCCGCUACAAAGAUUCACUUGUGAUCAACAUUUUGUUUUGUCUCUUUAGUGCAUAGUUUUAAAUUUAGUUUUAAGUUCGAACUAUUUGUAUAUGGCAGAAUAUGUUUAGUUUUUGUGUAGCAAACGUUUUAUUUUACUCUGAUUUCGUAAUAAAUUGUUUGGUAAAAUUGA